AUCGAAUCUGAAAAAGUCAAUCAACUGUCAGAACUUAUUCAGACGAGUAACGAUACCGUUAAUACAAUUAAAAUGGCCAAUUAAGGAGUCCAGUGUAAUCCUUAAUAAAGGAGAUGAUCGAGAUUUAGAAAAUUUAAUGGUUAUGCUUUACUUCUUGCUGACUUGACUUAUCAAGGUCAGAAUUCCUCUGAUGACCCAUUUCUUUAGUUGAGAACAGUCUAUUAUAAUUUCACUAACAAUGUGACGUGUUCUGCCCGCUGUUUCUUCGCGAAGGUAGAGUCAGUAAAUUUUAAUCGAUUGGAAGCGAUCGAUGCCUUGUUCGUGGCGGACAGAAAGGAAAAUGUUGCUGGCCGAUGGACGAGAAUUCUUCUGGCAUUACGCGGCCAAGUGCCCCGGAAUUCGAGCGUCACGAGGCGGGAAACUAAAAAGAUAGCAUCGACGAUCGGGCACGCGGUGAUUCAGGUACUGAUUCGCGAACGUUUAGCAUGUUACCAGUGUUAUUUUUCGACGUUGAAGCAUUUGAAUGAAUUGUCAUCAAUGACAAAAGAAUUAGUGUGGACAGAAGGCAAAGAGAGUAAGUAGGUGAAUAAGAAAAUGAUGUUCACCGGUGGUGCUCACGCGAAGAGGCGCAACGCAGGCGGUGGUUCAGGCCGGAAGUCCUCCGCGGACGGUAGAAGCCCACGAGCUGGAAGAAGUCCGCAGGCUCGUAUGAGCCCGCAGGCACGCGUGGGCGCGGAAGGAUACACUUACAGAACCAGAAUUCCAGUACUAAAUCCAACGGAUCUACCACCGACAACGUCCACAGGGAAAACAUAUGUAUAUAAAACCAGGGUUCCCCGACGGGAUAUCGCGGCUGCAUCUGUGUCUCCUGCACGAGAAAAAAACAACAUUGGAGGAGCAAUUACUAAAAGAAGAGGAGCAGUAAAACAUAACAAGGUGCACGUGGUUCGAGGUCACAAACUAGUUGCAAAAUUCUUCAGACAACCGACCUUCUGCGCCUUUUGCAAGGAUUUCCUUUGGGGAUUCGGAAAGCAAGGGUAUCAAUGCCAAGGUAAAUAUUAUAUCCCAGACAGUACUUUUUCUGACUGUACCGGCCACGUUGUACCUCUAUUAAUAUUCCAUUCCUGCGUUUCAGCCUGCCAAACAGCGGUACACAAGAAGUGUCAUGAUAAAUUGUUAACCAAGUGCCCGGAAAGUGGCAGGGAGUCCGAAAACACGAUAGUAAGUGCAUCCGCUUUAUACAACUUCACCGUACAAGCGACAAAUUUCCUUUAAGAUUUAUGAGAAUAAUUGAUAUUCGUUUGUCCAUUUCCUUUAAUGAGGAUCAGUGGUGUUUUUUGGUAUGCUAAAAUUUAUGUUUAUUUCUAAACGCCGAGAAUUCGUGUGCAAACGUUUGCUCGUGAUGUAACGGUAAAUUCUACCAAAUUCCGAAUAUUUUCAGACAUAAUUUUCCAGUAAUUUAAAACCCGAAAUCCAAAUUUGUGUCCCUGAAAACAGAUCUAAUUAUAUAUAUGUGUUUUCUUUUUUGUAGUAAAGACAUGGAAAUUUUGUGAAAGUAUCUGAUAUCUAUUUUUAUAAAAAGCGGUUAUGUGUUAUUUCUGGUAGCCCACAUUGCAUCUGUUUAUGCUAUUUGUUCAAAGUAACGCAACAUCUAAUCUUACACAGAAUCGUUCUAAUUUUGUUAAUACUUGUUCGAUGGCAGUACUUGAGGGAGCGUUUCAAGGUAGAUGUGCCUCACAGGUUUCGUCCUUAUACGUUCAUGUCACCGACCUUUUGUGAUCAUUGCGGUUCCAUGUUGUAUGGGUUUUUUCGACAAGGUCUCAGAUGCGACGGUAAGUAAGA